AAUGUAAUAAAAGUUCUUCAAUGGUAAAAAUUCACAAUCAUUUAUAUCACUUUGCAAUUUGAAUUAUUGCAGAAAAUUUGUUUUUUCUCAGUUUUUCGAUUAUUAACCGGAAUCUUUAACCUUUAUUCUUCUUAUUAAUACUACUAUUUACUACUAUUAUUAUCAUCGUCAUUAUUAUGGCACUUGAACCAGUUGUUAUCAGUCUUCGAAGACCAACAUCAGAUAAAUCUUGGGGAUUUGCACUUCAAGGUGGCGUAGAUCAAGGUUUGCCAGUAUUCGUUCACAAAGUCACUCGUAAUGGGAUAGCGCAUAAAUCUGGACUUGAACCUGGAGAUGUAGUAAUAAAGAUUUGUGCUACACCAGUGACUGGAAUGACGCAUGCUCAAGUGAAAGCAGAAAUUUUAAGGGCUGGUAAUGAUUUAGAUUUUAUGGUUAAAAAAUUAGAUGUCCAGAAGGGACUGACAAGAAGAAACCCUGGCAGCGGACCAAACACCAACCUAUUGCCCAAAAAAUAUGCCGAAGGAAACAGAGAUGUACUGACCACACACUGAGAUCAUUGAUUGAUAUCACUCUCUAGUGGCUGACUAUCCAGUGAAAUCCGAGUGGGAAGUGAAGUGUUGGGCGUUCAGGGCUAGCAUGGAGAAGAUGGUGUGGUGAGGAGGUGAAAGCUUAUGGUAAUUCGUGGAGCCAGCUUUAUAGGACUUCAGAGAAGAGGACAAAAUGAACAUGUGCUGCUGAAGCCCCAUGUUAAUCUCGGAACCCAAAGGAAUAAUAAUAAUAUAACAAUAACAAAGUCGAAUAUUAACUAACUACGUGACUUCAAUGUGGUUCAAUAUAAUCAGACAAUGCAACAGAUAGCUGCUGCUAACAGACCAGUAGAACAAGCAUCUGGUUCACCUGAACCACGAGCUGAAAUAGUUGAAGAACAUUUAUGGAGACAUGGUGGUCCAACAUUUAAGAAUGUUCAACCAAAGUCAUACAAGAUCCUUGAACAACAGUUACCUCAAUCAAAUAUUGGAGGUAAAUAUACUUUUGUUCUUUUACAUAUACCUAUAUGUGCAUAUAUAUGAUUUAAAACAGUGCUAACCUUGCUAAAAAAAAGUUCACUUGUAAGUGGUUGGUUAUACUUAAAGCAGACCUUAAUUAACUGCACUUACUAAAGACUUCGCCUGUUAAUACCCUAAUCAGCAAUCUACCUAACGUGUAGGGAAAGAUUAACGAACUCGAAGUUAAAAGGCAUGUGAAAUGGUAGUGUGCCCUGAUGAGAAUUAUCUUUAUACCACUGACAAAUUGGCAAAUUUAAUAAAUAAGAAUACCGUACAAAUUAUCUCUUAACUGGCUCGGUCAGAAAGCUCACGACUGCGCUAAAUGAUAUCACACCGAAUGAGUGAGCCACGUACGAGCAUUCACGCCGGAAGAACAAUCAGGUGGCAACAUAUUACAUGAAUACGAAAAAACAAGAGUUCACACAUACACCGUGCACCACAGACUAAUCUGAAAACGGAAGACAAAGCACGAAAACCCUUGCAAAAACCAAAUAUAUUUUAGAAUACCAUAUACAGGUAGAUGAAUAAAAUGAGAAAAAACUCAAUAAACAGCAUGAAGGAAAAGAACACGAAUGAAAUAAUAUAAGCAAUCAUCAAGACAGUUGAAACUGACUACAGAGAAACAAGUGGGGUCGAGGAACUGAUAUUGAAGCCCCAUAUUAUAUCAGAAACGCUAAGAAUGCUUAGUAAAAAUUGCAGGUCUGUGUAAAGUGGUUAAAUUUCUCAGCAUAAUGAAAUCAAAGUAAAUUUGAAAAGUAGAUUUCAUCUCCAAAUCUGGAAACUCAUACAAUAUAUAAUUAAUUUGAUCAAUAAGAUAACGUAUUCAAACAGUUACAAUGAAUUCAACGAGUUAAAAAUACUUUCUCAUGCAACCAAACACACUGUUUGUCAGUUGUAAAAUACUCGUGACACCCACAAUAAUAAAUAUCUCUACUGUUGAACUCAGGCGAUGAGUAAGCAGGCUAAUGAAACUCAAUCUAGAUGAAAUUAUCAGAGAAUAGUACAGUUGGAGAGUAGCCAGCCGACUUCCAGAAUUCUAAAUUGACAUUCUCACUGACGACUACUCAUACGAUGAACAGAAUAUCUUCCAAUAGAUCUUCUUAUCUGAAAUCAUAAACACCCAUCACAGUACUACAAAAUCACAGAGACAAAAUCUCAUCCACGCGAUUUUAUCGCAUCAUUUGGUAAGCCUUUCUAUAAAUUAUCCAGGUCUGAGAACAGCAAAUAUGACUGAAGACUCUUUCUGUUUGGACAUGUAGAAGCAGUUUUCUCUCUCUCUCUCGCUCUCUCAUCCCACUGUUCAUUAUCGUAAUCGUGUGUUACUGAAAUUUUCAUUUUAGUUCUAACAAAGAGUUUUGAUGCAAAUCAAUCAGGUAAUGUCUGUGUUCUGGAUCCCUUUUUCCACUUACUAAAUUAAAUAGGCUCAAACAUUUUUCACCCUGUGUUACUGCAAAAUGUGAAUUGGUGUUUGAGUACUACUAAUUAUGCCUUUAGAAUAUCGCAUUCUGAUUGAGGUGGCUUACCAAAUCCUUCAGAUUUUACUUUCCGAUAUGAUUUUUACCAAAUCAAUGGGUUUCUCCUUCUUUCUCUUCUUCUUAAAAUGGUGAAACUUAGAGUGAAUUUCGCUUCUCGAGUUGUGUCGAGUUGUUAUUACAUGGCAGAAAGUUGUGUAAGCUUGUUGUGCAUGCCAAGCUUAUAGCCUUUACAGCUUAUUAUAUUGUUUAACUUAUUCUCAGUCAAUAGAAGCAUUACUUGAUAGAUAGUAUAGUCAACAAGUAACAUAUACAUACACAUGUGUAGCUGAAGGUGUCCAGUGGAGUCGUUGUCCUUCUGAUUCACUACUAAUAUUUUGACUCGUUGGACAUCUAACUGAACAAGUGAAACUUGCAAUUUUAUUAAGAAAUUUUUGCAUAGUAUUUAGUUUUGGAAAAUUGUAUUGCAAGAGCUUAUGGAAUUAAUAAUUCCGAUGUACGACCGAAUGUCUUGUGAGCUGAUAGGUUUCUAAAGUCUUCGGUAAAUCAAUUUAUAUUCCUUUGAAUAAUGUAGCAUGUGUUUUUAGGUGCAUGUUGUCUUUUGUCUAUUGUUUCGGUGGGAUUUUAUUUUAGGUUAUUAUCUAUUAGUGAAUUGGUUUCCUUUUUAUAUAGUAUGGGACACUUAAAUAGAAUUCGUAUAGGUAAUGGGGAGCAUUUCAUAUGUAUCUCCUCGUUCUGACAUCCUAAGCCUUCGAAUAAAGAUUGGUGAAUCCAAGAACUUUAAAUUAACUGGUGAAGGUAUUCCUGAACGCACUUUCACUAAAGCUUAUUUUAGAAUUAUAAGACUAAUACAUAGGUGAGUCUAUUAGUGCAAAAGAUUAAUAAUGGCUUCCUGAAACUUUUCUUUUAGGUAAAACAAUUUUUUUUUUGGGUUGUACUUUACGCUCAUGUUCAUGAUGAUUUUGUCUGUGUAUCUUAUAUUCAAGGUCCUGCACCAGGUUCCGUUU